AUUGCUCAGGCGCUUCUACUUACGUUGACGCUGUCCAUCACUCUCUUGCGAUGCUUUGUCCGCUUAAGAAUUGAAGCGCGUGCUCUUACUCUGUCUGACUACUUGGUGUGGGCGGGCUAUGUGCUCACUGUCGCAUUCGUAAUAUGCCAAGGCAUUGCUUUGAAUGCUGCACGAACGCAUCCUCUCGUCGAUGCUACGUACACAGAUUCUGAGGUUUACCUCAAGGUUUNNGCUGUCUUUGCAUCAUGCUUCUUCUUUGACGUUGGCUUGUUCAUGCCAAAGGCGUCCAUCACAGCCUUCUACUGGUGGCUCAUCCCGAAAAUGUUCAGAAACCUCAGAGUUCUGUUAUGCGUUGUGACCAUCUACCUCGGUCUUGCUCUGACUGCCGCUUUCUUCAUCGAUCUCCUGAUCUGUUUCCCGAUUAGUGAGAAUUGGUCGCUGGACUACGACAAGCAAGGUCGUUCCAUCUGGAAUUCUUACACAGAUUUCUGGCUCGAAUGGAUGCUGAACUUCUCAACGGAUGUUNUUUCUGAGGAUGCUUUCAGCUGGUCAAUAUGUGCUAACCUGCUGACAGUCUUCUGCAUCCCUUUCUUCAUCAUCAAAUCCCUCAAGCUCCGCCAGAGACAGAAGUUCGGCCUGAUGGGCGUUUUUUCCCUAGGUAUCAUCACGAUGGCUAUCAGUUUCGCCCGCUUUAUGAUCUACACGGUCUCGGACUACGACCUGGGCGACAAUGAUGGAGCCGUCAUGUGUACAGCAGAAAUGUGCACCUCGCUCAUCGUCGCUUCGCUACCAGGCCUCAAAGUUCUCAUCACACGGGGCAUCAACAACGCUACCGGCUACAGCGGCUCAGGCUCGAACAAGCCUUCCAACGGUCCCAACUCCCAGAGCCGUAUCGCAAACCUCUCUGCUCGCUUGUCUCGCCCGACGCGAUCACCCUCUUUCGACGAAUCCGAGUUCGAGUUGAUCACAAUGAAUGCUUCGGACAAGCAGUUUCGUGGGAAGUUGGCGUCGACAGCAGGGAGUGAAGAGUUGGAUACUCAGAUUACGGUGAAACAUGAUUUCACUGUUGAGCAUGGGAUUGACAGUAAGAGAGGGUCAUACCAAAACACUAUGAGUCAGCCUUUCGUGUAG